AUGCUGUGCGCAAUCUCUGGAGAAGCUCCCCAGGAGCCCGUCGCCUCGAAGAAGUCGGGCACCAUUUUUGAGAAGCGCUUAAUCGAGAAGUACAUCGAGGAAAACGGAACCGAGCCUGUGACUGGCGAAGCUCUCACGAACGAUGACCUGCUUCCCCUGACCCAAUCGCACAUCGUUCGACCUAGACCUCCGACGCUCACCUCGAUUCCGGCCCUGCUUGCGACUUUCCAAAACGAAUGGGAUGCUCUAGCUCUCGAGACAUUCAACCUGAAGGAGCAGCUUGCGAGGACACGGGAGGAGCUUGCGACAGCCCUGUACCAGCAUGAUGCCGCCGUCAGAGUCAUUGCGCGCUUGGCGAAGGAGCGAGACGAGGCCAGAGAGGCGCUUUCCAAGGUCAGCGUCACCGCUGGAGCUACAAAUGGAGACGCGAUGACCAUCGACUCGACCGAGGGGCUUCCUGAGGAGUGGAUUCACAAGAUCAACGCAAAGCACCAAGAACUCUCCAAGGGCCGCAAGAAGCGCCCGGUUCCUGAAGGCUGGGCCACCUCCGAAGACGUUGCCUCGCUGGUCACUGUUGCUUCGACACCGGCACCGGUCUCCAACGCCUCCUCGCUCGCGCUCCAGGGAAGUUAUGCGGCAGUUGGCGGCCGGGGCGGCGACGCUGCGAUAUACUCGGUCGAGGCGGACUCAGUCGAGCGUCAAGUCGCUGUCAAUGAGCCGGUCAUCGACUCUGUGUGGACGGGCAACAAGCUGAUCUUUGCCACGAGCAAGGGAUCAGUCAAGGUCUUUGAGGGCGGCAGCGAAGUUGCAUCACUUUCUGAGCACGCGGGACCUGUGACGUCCCUGAGCGUCCACCCUACUGGUGACCUUCUCGCCUCCGUCGGUUCAGAUAAGAGCAUCGUGUUCUACGACCUCCACGCCCUGAAGAGGAUCAGCCGCACGUAUGCCGAUACAGCUUUGACAUCCUCGGCAUUCCACCCCGACGGCCAUCUCUUCGCGGCGGGCACUGCCACGGGUGACAUCAGUCUGUUCAUGACGACGAGCUUAGAGGUUGCAGCUGUUUUCAGCCUUGGCGCACCCGUCGAGGCUCUGACGUUCUCAGAAAAUGGAUUCUGGCUUGCGGCAACGGCCAAGGGUCAGAGCUCGGUUACAAUCUUCGAUCUGCGCAAGGAGGGAGAUGCUGCCAGAGUCAAGACACUCGAGACCGGCGGGCCAGUCCAGUCCCUGGCCUGGGAUUAUACCGGACAGUAUCUCGCCACUGCAGGUGCUGGCGGCAUCACGGUGCAGCAGUACAUCAAGAGCUCGAAGUCGUGGUCGGAACCUCUGAGAACGUCAGUUGCAGCGCUGUCGGUCAAGUGGGGUGCUGAUGCCAAGCAGCUGAUUUCUGUCAACGAGGAGGGUGUUGUUUCUGUGUUUGGAGUCAAACAGGAGGCGGAAGAGUCUAUCAAAAUGAUAUCCAAUGUCUUAGGCUCAAAGCUCUUGGCAAGCCCAACGAAACCGCCCUUUUUCUUGUCCACUCAGCUUCUGCCAACCUGGUCCUACCCCGAAAAUACCACGGGAUGGUCACUUCACCUUUGUGUCGGUCGUAGGAGAUUCACUCCUAUCCUGUUGAUCCCCGGCGGGUCCUUCUCGGGACUAAAGCCUUCGAACUUUCUCGACGAACUUAAGACACUCGAGAGGCAGACGGUUUGUUCGUGGUUUCCCCAACUUUCGCCGUCUGGAACCCUCGGAUUUGGGCUGACCCGAUCGUUCUCCAGCGCCAAUCCAUAUUGGCCCCGUUCACAGAAUAUGAGCUCAGCUUCUCCACCAUAUUCCUCGCCGAUAUCGAACUCCCCCUCUCAAUCCUUACACUCAAUCUCAGCCUCUCCUUCGAUUCCACACUCUCCGGCCUCCGCCCCCGCCUUGGGCUCGACUUCUCCCGCAUCUGAAUCGGGCUCACCUUCGAUUCCCGCGCUACCCCAAUCCUUGAUCGACUCGGACGACGUUUGGGGCGGAAUUGACGACGAGCUCUUCUACCAAGCAGGGGCUUACCAAGUCCCAGACUAUUCCUCCGACGUUCUUGACCAUCGCUCAAGCACGUUCGACUCCGAAGCCGACGCUCAGCAGGAUUGGGACCCCGAGUCUGCCUCACAAUCACAGUCACAGUCUUCAGACUCCGAUUCAGAAGAAUCUUCCAUGUCGGACGGCCUCGCUGCCCACGGACCCUUGUUCAACGACCCAUUUUCACCUGACCUGGCCGACGAACUCGAGCUUGCACUUCUCGCCGAAAUGGACCAGUUGCCACGCCUACGCGAACAACAAACGUCACGUGGGGACAAUCGCGAGGGAGGCAUGGCCGGACAGCACCAGAACGGCUCGGGGGAAUUCGGCAACCCGGCGGAUGUUUUAGUCGACUUAGAGCUGUACUUUCAGCAACAUCGAAGGCCUGCAGGAGGACCCCAAAACAAUCCUAAUAGCGCUCCUGCCGACGUCAUCGACCUCACGAACGAGCCUGACAGCCCUGUUCAGACACACGCGCCCCGCCCUGCCGUGAACCCGAGACGACAGAACUCUCAGGGCAGGAACCCACCGUCGUUUGCGCGUAGCGAUAGUAGCAUUCUCGCCGGCAACGCGCCAGUCAUCGACCUUACCGACGACUCUCCUGAGGUCCCGCGCAGGCGUGCACCCAUCUUGCCCCCCCCGGUUGCCCGGCCCCGUGAGCGCAGCAGACAACCGGCAGCCUUUGGAAUGUACAACUCGAGCAAUGCACUCAGCGGACUAGCAGCAGGCAUACGCCGCCAUCUCUACCCGUUCCGGCUCUUCCCCGGCCCUGAGGAUGAUGUGCAACUUCUUGGCAUCUUUCACAACAGAAUUAACCAAGGCGCCGAUCUCAACAACCCACUGGGCAACAUCCAGCUUCAGUAUGAACAUGGCGCUUUUGACCAACGUGCCGAACGAGCGGAGUCACCGAAGCCAGUUCACCAAGCCCCGCCCCCGGCCAAGUCAGGAUUUACCAGAGAUACGGGCUCUGACCUUGUUGUAAUAUGUCCUGCUUGCAACGAGGAGCUGGCCUAUGACCCCGACAUUCCGGUGAACGAGAGCCAUCCAACGCGCAAGGGUAAGCGUCAACGUAGCGAGCACCACUUUUGGGCUCUAAAAGGGUGUGGUCAUGUCUACUGCGAGGAAUGUUUUGAGAACCGCAAGCCAGCAGCCAAACGUCCCAACAAUCGGUUUCGACGCGACCUUGAGAGCAAACUUGUUUGCGCGGUGGACGGCUGCGAGACUCUUGUUGCCAACAAGACGAGUUGGGUUGGAAUCUAUCUAUGA